AUGUCUCAAACGGAGCAUCGCAACAUUGUCAUCGUCGGGGGCGGUAUCAUCGGAUGCACAACAGCCUACUACCUCUCUCGACACCCGUCAUAUACACCCGACACUACGACUAUAACUCUCGUAGAGGCAUCCGCACACGGCCCAGCACAGGGCGCAUCAGGAAAAGCGGGAGGACUAGUCGCUAAAUGGGCGUACCCUCGUGAACUCGUCGACAUCUCCUUUCCUGAGCACGUCAGACUUGCAGAGGAGAAUAAUGGAGCGGAGAGAUGGGGUUGGAGGUUUGUUGGAUGUGGAAGCUGGGAAGGCAAGGGCGAAGAGUUGGGAGAGAGCGGGUCGGGUGUCGGCAUAGGAGGUCAGAAGAAAAGCUUGGAGAAGACGCUGGGUUUGGACAGUCCCAGUAACGCUGGGUCGAGUAGCCAGACAUCCAGAGACGAGACAGGUCUACCAGACGACUUAAAAUGGGUCAAAGACGGGCUCACCGAGUCGUACAGUCCUAUGUCAGGUCCGGAAGGAACAGCACAAGUUCACCCCUAUCUCUUCACAACCAGCAUGUUCGAACUUGCAAAAGACAAGGGCGUGCAACUCGUCACUGGCUCGGCGACGUCAAUCGAAAGAUCAGACGGUAGAGUUACUGGCGUUAGUUAUAGAGUACCCAACGAUGGCAGUGAACAGAAGAUAAUUCCAGCUACCCAUGUUAUCCUCUCUGCAGGGGCAUGGUCACCUUCACUUGUCCCUGUCACAAUCUGUCCAAAGCCCACAGUCACGAUCUCACCAUACGUUCUUUUCACAGAAAUUCAGCUCCCUCCAACCAAGUCGUCCAAGCGAGGACGCAUCGUUACGCCAGAAAUCUAUGCCCGACCGGAUAAUGAAGUAUAUGCCUGUGGUCCAGGAGACGACUCGAGACUCCCUGACAAUGUAGAUAACGUUGAAGUCGACCAGAAAGCUUGCGAGAGCAUCCGAGAGCAUGUGGCUAGCAUAUCCCAGGAAUUACGGGAGGGCACGGUAGAGAAGCGGCAGGCCUGCUUUUUGCCUGUUGUCAGUAUCGGAGGAGGGCCCGUGAUCGGCGAGGCAGAGAAGAUAGCAAGAGGUCUGUACAUUGCUACUGGACAUACAUGUUGGGGUAUAUGCAAUGCCCCAGGAACGGCUAAAGUAAUGGCUGAACUGGUUAUGGACGGGAAAAUACGUUCUGGGAACUUGAAAAAGUUGUCGCCCUCGAGGUUUUUGUAGACGACGGAAUGAUUUCUUUCCAAUUUGCUAUCAGUGGAGUCAGUGUAUUGUCUGCGACUCAAACAGUCUCGGCAGUUGUUGUAGUUGAACUCGAGCGCCAUAUAGAAUGUGCUAUAAAAGUU